AUGUCUGAUCCCAUCCUCGCGGAGAAUCAGAAUCCCCUUCCUCCCCCAGCGCCCCCUUUACCGCCUGGUCGACUGGGCCAAUUGGGGAGAAUCAUUGUUCCCUGGGGAAAGUAUACUGGCCCAAAGGCCCAUGGUGGUCCAGCACAAGGCGACCGUGAUCACGCUCUGCGUCAAAUCACCGGCAUACACACGUACAGGCAUGAGAGUUCGCUCCCAUGCCAGACGGCCACCCAUCGUACUGGUAUCCCCAUCGCCGCUCUCGAUAUCAACCAGUCGGGAACACACGCCAUCCUCGCGGGCAAAGACAUUCUCAAGACCGUCCGAGUGCAGGAUGGCAAGGUCACCGAGGACCUGAACCUUCGUGCCUCCAUUAUUUCCUACGCGUCCACUCGUGCAUCGCCUCAAUUGGACGGACCUAGCAAGCGCCGAGAAUAUUUACCAGCAAGAGACGUGAGAUGGUCCAAAGGCCAGUGGCAUCAUAUCAUAGCAACAGCGGCCACGAAUGGUCGCAUUGCACUCUACGACCUGAGCAGUUCCAGCCCCAAAACCGAGCUCGCUUGGCUUCAUGAACAUACGGGCCAGAUUAACAAGCUAGAUUUCGAUCCGUUUGCGGGAUACCUUUUGCUAUCUGCCAGCCAGGAUAAGUCGGUUAGGUUGUGGGAUUUGCGAGAUCCCAAACCCGAAAAGGCCCGUAUUCGCUUCGAGGUGCGGAGUGCCGUUCGGGAUGUGCGCUGGUCUCCGUUAGAACCACUCGAUUUUGCGGUAUGCGCUGAUGGAGGUGUGAUCCAGAAAUGGGAUGCGCGUUCUCCAUUGGGCCCGAAGUUGAGCAUCAGUGGACACGAGAAAGCGUGCUACUCGCUGGACUACCAUCCUGAUGGCCGCCACGUGAUAUCCGGUGGAUUCGACAAGUACGUGAGGGUCUGGGAUUUUCAGAGUGACAAUAGACGCCAGAAACCCGUCUUUCAGCUUAGAGCGCCUCAUGCGAUUAGAAACAUUCGAUGGAGACCUCCGUGCAGAGCUUACGAGGCGGCUAAUUCGGGCCAUUGGCAAAGUACUCAAGUCGCCGUGUCCUACUAUCACGACGACCCCAGGCUUCAUAUAUGGGAUCUUCGACGGCCGCUGCUCCCGUUCCGGGAACUUGACCGAUACAACACUCCGGCCAAUGAUCUUUUGUGGGCAAAUAAGGAUAUGCUUUGGACCGUUGGAGACGAAGGAAUCUUUACUCAGUGGGAUGUCAAACAUGCUUCUCCUUUGUACAAUCAACUCUCUCCUUGCGCCUCGGCCUUUACGCCGGACGGUCAGUACUACAUGUUCUCCGAAGACAGAGAACUGCGGUGGGGUCCUGCCCAGGACGAUCCUGCGUUGGGGUUCUUAAGUGUUCCUCACGACAGACUGAGCAGUGGCGACGAUGGCGGUGCAAGUCGAAGCUUGACCGACGACGAUAGCGCUCUUGACACGACCAUGACAACGGGCUUUCGACGGCAGGAAAGAGGUCCAAUCUCCUCGAGGUCAAACAAAUCCCGGGCAAAUAGUCCGCCUUCGGUGGAAGAAAAGCCAUCUGUUCUCCCACUAGACAAAGCCGUUUUCGAACGUCAGGAUCUAUUCCGCAAUAAACAAGUGGGUGCUGCCGACUACAUUCCCGGUGUGGCUGCUGAGCCAGAAGUCGUGGAAUUUCUGGCCUCACACUAUGCAGCGCCGGCCACCGUCGGGGAAAGGAUGCAUGAUCCAGAUACGAUUCUGCAACGUUUGCAAAAUGUCUUCCACCAAAAUGCCGCGGCAUGUGACGCCGUCUCCAUGCAUCGAAUGGCACAAUCUUGGAGGAUACUGGGUGCGGUUAUAGUCCCCGAACUCAAGGAUUGGGCGGACGCCAAUCGUGCUAGACGUCGCGCUGAUGCCGCUCGACGACGUGAGACUUUGGAAAGUUUCAGGGCCAAGGCACAUCAAUCGAGCGUCUCCCCUCUAGCGGGGCUACCCAACCGUGGGACGGCCCCGAAGAGUGAUGCAAAGUCCCAGAACCUCAUGAGCAGCCUUUUCAGAGGUAUGGUGGACGCUGAGCGAGCACAUUCUGAGUCUGGAAUGGAUAGCACGUCCAAUAUGACCACCCCUGUGGCAAAACCUCUGCCAAGUUCACCUUCAGACUACAAGAGAUGGAUUCAUACUAGUAGCGAAGAAGGCAUCGACACCAUCGCACCGCUUCCUCCGUCGAUCCUGAACUCACACUCCACCGCGGCCGCGGCGGCACGUGCACUUAUCGAGAGCCCAGAGAGAGUCACGAAAUCAACAUCUUCCUCCCCGGAAACGGGCAGACAGGACCAGGGCGGCACUCGUCAAUCGACCCGAAAUCUCUUGACGGUGCCGGAGUCUCCUUUUCACUCAGCAAAACAACCCAACUCUGACCCCGUCGAACCCAGACGGACAGUACCCGCGCCACAAAAUCAAGAAGAUCGGAGAGCAGCGUUACGGGAUUAUCGGGUGCAAGCUCGCCCCGUAUUUACCUUGGAAGGUUCGACCGACAAGCCGAAUUCUGAGAAUCGACAUGAUUCCGCGGGGAGCUUUCCGAUGUUUUCUGCAUCAACCGACAGCUCGCACAGGGCACGAUCACUUGAACGGUCGUUCGAGUCUCCCAACAGUCCUGGCCGGACAUCGGGUCGACGUCGGGGUAACAGUGCCCACUACGAGCACGACGAUGAAUCCGAAGACUCGUCGUCUGAAGAUUUCAGUGGCCAACAUUCAAGAUUGAACCCAGGACCAGGGGCCAAUUCCGACGAGCGCGAAGGCGGUGCUUCCGCCACGGACACGCCAUUAGACACGAGAUUUGGUCUUGGUGACUCCCAUGAUACUGGCCGGUCACUUCCUGCCCAGAAGAACAAAACUCUCUGGGACUCGGAGCAUGAUCAUGGCUCCGCUCCCAUGUCGUAUUUGAGCACAGCGGUGUCCUCCUCGCCGGACAUCUUUCACUUCGAGGAAAGUGCACCCAUACCUAAGCCACGGAUACAUACGUCCAAUCCGAUACGAGCAGGACGUCCUGACAAGACGGUGGAAGGACACAACGCCGACGGGCAAUACGGCCCAAUAUCCAUGGCCGAACUUGACUGUGAGACUUACUUGUAUCAAGAUUUCUGUCCCAUUGACCUAUCCAAGUAUGAACCAAAGUUGCCUUUUGCUUGGUCAUCGCUGCCCUUGAUAUGUCAAAGCAUCUCUUUCGAUGUGGAGAAUGGGAUCGGCCACGCUCAAUUCGCCACCCAUCUGCUCAUGCAUGUUCAUCCUUACUUUUUCCACCCGAGUUUCCGGGACCUGAAGCGACCAGGGAGUGAAGCAAAUUGUCUUGCCGAUAGAUUGAUGACUCCACAUCUUGGACACCGGAUCAUUGAGAGCCUUUUCGAGAAUCACCUGAUGUUUUUGAGACGGACCGGCCUUUUCGAGUCGGCGGCCCUCAUUCGAAAGAUGUGUGUGGAACUUGACUACCCCCGGCUGUGCCACGCCGGGUCGUCGGAGAGCACGCAGACCGGUGGCAGCCUCUCCCAUGGAGAUUCGAGGAACGUAUUCAUCGUCUGCAGCGGCUGUCAAGGCCCGAUGCCCACAGGAAAAGAUGUGUGCGACAGGUGUCAGAAAGUCAGAUCUGUGUGCCCGAUCUGUCAAUCCCUGAGGGGUCCAAGUGACGGUCUGUUCCUUUCAAACAUCGGGGCUGCCGAUUCACAGAGCUGGGGUCAAAGCAGGAACACGUGGUUGUUCUGCCAGGCAUGUGGGCACUCGGGACAUGUUCGAUGUCUGAUGGAAUGGUUUUCUCGGCCUUUCAGCGAAGGGACGUGCCCAAGUCAAGGCUGUGGAUGUGACUGCGGCCCCGGUCUGACCCGACAACAGCGAAUUCAGCAACAAGUGAUACGAGAAGAUGAAGCCAAACUCAUUCGCGGCACCCACACGGGAAGCGGCUCUACUAAGCGAGAUCCUGUCCGAGCUACGCCGAGUCCUGCGGUGGACAAAGUGAGGGUGGCCCUCCGCAACGGCGUUGGAGAGCGGGCUACGCAGAGCGGUGAUGAACGGAGUAUGACCGGCCGGCGGGCGAGCAGUCGAGGAGGUGGAAUUUCUAGUUUUAGCAGUUCACGCAAAAGUGUUCGAUUAAUCACGCCCGGUGAGGAAGGCGACCAGUUUCAGCCGAGAUCUUGA